AUGUUACAUAUGAACACAAGUGUCGAAGAAUUAUCCAUUAAUUUGGAUUCAUACGUGUCAUUUAAUGAAUUUAAGAUUAUAAUUCAAAAAUUCACACACUUGACAAAAUUAUCGGUGGAAAUGACGGUAUCUUGGGAUAUUAGCGAUGUUGAAAGUCCUUUGAACGGCUUCCAGUGGGAACAACUCAUUUCAACAUAUCUACCGAAUUUAUAUGCACUCAACCUUCAUGUUGCAACAGGUAAAAAACAAUUAGAUGAAGAAAUGGAUUCAUUUGAAACGGAUUUUUGGAUUCAACACAAUUGGUUUGUUGAUUUUGAUUAUGGCAUACUUUAUACAACGCCAUAUAUGAAAAGAGAAUUAACGUUAUCUUUGGAUGAAGAGUUAUUAUGGUUACCUUCAAGAAUUUUCAAUAGAUAUAAUCAUGUAGAAAUAUUAACGCUGAAUUUCGGUAGUACUUUUCGAUGGUUCAAUAAAGGUUUACCAUCAUUUGUAUUUUCAAAUGUUUGUCAUUUAUCAUUAUGGUUUACAAAUGACUACUAUGAAAGUGAUAGUGAUGGUUUAUGUUGUCAUGUUAUUCAUUGCAGUCUGAAACCAGAUGAUUAUCGGUCAGUUUGCAUAUUUUUGAAUCAAAUUGUGUCAUUAUCGAAUCUACAAUCAUUAACUAUUAAUGGCUUACUACCAGAAAAUUUUUUGAUCCAGUUACUUCGUAGCACAACAAAUUUAACGAAACUAGAGCUUGAUGAUUGGAAAGGUGAGCCAUCAAAUUUAAGAUCUUUGUGUAGAGUACCAGUAAUAACAAUCUCAACUAUCUUUUAG